AUGGUUAAAUGGGCGUUCGUUAUCCGUCAGUCAUUCCGAGUCAAACCGGCAUUCGUCUGCAGUUCGUUUUGUGUUAUGGCUAGUCAAGCGGAGCGGCAACCUCCAUGUCCGACAAUCAUUAUCGACAGUGGAACGGGCUUUCUGAAAGCGGGUCUCAGCGGACCUAAAGCUAUCCCAACAGUAAUUACGCCUUGUACCAGAGGCAUUUUGAGUGACCACUUUGUGCAACACGAAAGACGAUACUUUGUUGAGCAAAAGGAAAGACCGUCUGUCGUAGAUUUCCUGUCUUUAGAAAAGCUGUGGAACGACGCUCUAACCAAACUGAAGGUAGAUGUAACACAACACGAUGUCAUACUCACUGAAAGUGAGUUCAAUGUUUUCAAAGACCGCAAAACAAUGGCACAAAUUAUAUUCGAAAAAUACGGUGCGCCGGGAUUGUAUAUCGGCAACGAAUCGGCUCUUUCGCUAUUCUCGCAUCAGCAACAAAGCGGUGUGGUUGUAGACUGCGGAGACGAUGUUACUACAAUUGUAAUGAUCUACAGAGGUCAACUUUGUCCAUCGGCGACCAAGACACUAAACUACGGUGGUCGAGAUGUGACCAUUCGUUUACUAUCAGAUUUAGUCGAAAGCGGCUAUGAGGAGCUGAAAUAUCGAAGCUUUCUUAACGUCCACGAAGUGAGAAAGAUAAAAGAAAAAGUAGCGUACGUACUUGGCAAACCCUACACAGAUAUAGGCGAUCUACCUAAAAUGGAUUCAAUUUCGGUUCCUUGUCCAGUUGUCAAAGACAAAGUCGUGAAUAUUGGCCAAGAGCGUUUUAUGUGUGCGGAAGGUCUCUUUAGUCCUGGAAUGUUUCCAAAGCGUGACCAUGGAAUUCAUGAGGCAAUCAUCGAUUCUAUGCAGAGUCAAAUUUCAUGUAUACAUGAUUUUCUUUACUCGUCUAUCUUUUUGUGCGGCGGCUGCACAAUGCUGCCGUCUUUUGAUGAGAGGUUACGCUACGAACUUCAUAGAAGGACUCGGAAAGAAUGUAUCAAAGUGAACGCUGAAUCGCAUCGUCAAUACAGUGCUUGGAUCGGUGCAAACCACUUAGUCAAUCGCAUGCCGGACAUUCUCAAGAAGUUAUUGGUCACCAGAUCGGAAUAUCGGGAAGAAGGUGUGGAAGCGUUUGAAAGGAAACUAUGUCAUAGAACUUUGUUUGAUUGGUACUAAGUUAAUUAAACGUCGAGUAAUGAAAUAGCAGUUAAUGGUUAUAUUUGUAUCUGCGGCAUAUAUGAAACAUGGCAUUGUGUUUUUCUGCAAACAAGAAAGUAUACAAAC